UUGGGAGGAAAGGACGUUGGGUUAGCCCUAAGGAAACUCUUCUCGUCUCUGUCUCUACCGCCUGACCACGUGAAUGAAUCAGGUAGAUGCCAGAUUACAAUCGACAUGGAUCCAGACGCGUGCCUUGUAAUGAGUGGGUUUCCGGGUGGUGCGAGCUCGAGCUUCUUCGUACAUGUGUUUCGUAAUCAGACGAAACGACUGGUCAAGUUUCCGGAAAUAAGAACUGCUCUGGCCGAGUUCUCUUCGCCACAGUUGGCUGCCAGGGUUCUCGCAAACGAGGGUCGACUGUUGAAAGAGACAGGGCUGCAAGUAAGUAGUCUUGAGCCCCUGUUGUCGCCCAAAGAAGACGUGACAACCCAACAUAGCCAGGUGUAUCAGCUUCAGCGACAACUUAAGACCGUCAAGCAAAACCUGCAGAGCAAAGAACAGCAACUCCAAGAUGUGACGAAAGAAAAAGAAUGCCUAAAAUCUGCGUUCAGUCGUGAAUCGGAAGCCAAGAGAAGCGCACUCACCAAGAGUCGGAAGCUGGAAGAAGCCAAGGUUCAUCUGAAGAACCAAGCAGAAGCUGACAAGAAGACAAUUGAUGAAGAACUGAGGAGGAAAGAAGAGCAACUGCAGCAGGUGGAAACUGUAAAUGAAAGCCUACAAGCUGCACUCAGACGGGAAACAGAAGCCAAAAAUAUCUCAUUCAACCUGAGUCAAAGGCUGGAAGAAGCAAACAGUCAUCUUAAGGACGAGUUAGAAGCUGAGAAGAGAGAGAAUGAACGGAUGAGGGAGCAGAUCUCUGCAACCCAUGACCUCAGCAAUCCGUACGAGAUGAGCUGUGACCCCCGCGGGGUGGCCGUCAUCAUCAACAACAUCCGGUUUGAGGACAUGGCGGACCGGGAAGGGGCUGAGGGAGACACAGGUCGCCUGCGAGAAGUCUUCGAAGGCCUUGGAUUCACCGUGGUGACCUUCACCGACCUUGACCACGCCAAGAUGGUGGCCGCCAUGAAGGACCAGGGAAAGGCCGACCACUCCAACCACGACUGCUUCGUCUGCUGCAUCAUGUCGCACGGCACCAUGGGAAAGGUCUUCUCCUCCGAUGACGUAGGCAUAGAUAUCUGUGAGCUCAUUAAGCCCGUCAAUGCCAUGAAAUGUCCGUCUCUCAAAGGGAAACCAAAGCUGUUCUUUAUCCAGGCUUGUCAGGGGGAGAGAAUUCAGCGUAGGGAGAGCUUUGAUGGCGACUAUGACGCUAAACCUGUCCCCUUUAUAUGCCACGAAGCCGACUUCUUCCUGGGUCUGGCCACGGUGCCGGGCUAUGUGGCCAGGCGGGAUGGGGACGGGGCUCCUUAUGUCAAACAUCUGGCAAAGCUGCUGAGAGAUUUCGGCCCAACUCACGAUCUGUCCGCCAUCAUGUCCAUGGUGUGCGACAAAAUGAACGAAAUCAACGACGACAAGUUUGGAUGGAUCUCGUCCAACCACAGCACUUUGCGCAAAAACGUCAUCUUCAAAGCAAAGUGAUCCACUUUUGGUUAAAAUUGACGACAUGGCUUUGGUUUCUCUUUUGGCUUUGUGUUUGGCAUAGGUAAAUGAGAUGAGACACAGAUUUCUAUCACUAUGUGUAUGGCCACAUUUAUUCUGUAGCUGCAGAUGUGCAGUAGGAAUUAAAUCUGGCACCAUGCGUUAAAAUUCAGAUAGAAAUUUAAGAUGGAAUGUAAAUACAUGGAGUGUCUUAAAAUUGCAGUGUGUUUGGUAUUGAUAAAUCAAUCAUUU